GCUUCUAUUUCCUUGAGGCAGGGCCCAUUCAUCUUAUAAAAGCCAGCUGGCUAUUGCCUUCACACCAAACCCAAGGGACCACACAGCCCAGUCUGCUCUGUAAACCAGAAAAAAACACAAUUGAAAUAUGAAUUCCCAGCAGCAGAAGCAGCCCUGUGCCCCACCCCCUCAGCUCCAGCAGCAGCACGUGAAACAGCCUUGCCAGCCUCCACCCCAGGAACCAUGCGUUCCCAAAACCAAGGAGCCUUGCCACCCCAAGGAGCCUUGCCACCCCAAGGAGCCUUGCCACCCCAAAGUGCCUGAGCCCUGCCAGCCCAAGGUUCCAGAGCCCUGCCCCACCAAGCUGCCUGAGCCCUGCCCUUCAACAGUCACUCCAGCACCAGCCCAGCAGAAGACCAAGCAGAAGUAAUGUGGUCCCCAGCCAUGCCCUGGAGGAGCCGGCCUCUGGAUACCAAACACCCUACCCCAUUCUGCUUAUGAGUCCCAUUUGCCUAUUGACCCUGCAGUUAGCAUGCUGUCACCCUGAAUCAUAAUCCCUCCUUUGCACCUCUAAAAAGAUGUCCCUUACCCUCAAUCUGGAGGGCUCCUGAGCCUCUGAGCAAGGCUGAAAGUCUCACUGACUGAGCUAGUUUUCUGAUUGCUCAGGGUGCAUUUGAGAAGGGAUUUGGGGAGGGAACAAGUGAACCAUCCCUGGUCUUCCCUCAAUAAAUAACUUUUAACUGAC